AUGGAGCCGUCGGCUGCGCACCGCGUCCUCGGUAUCAUCGAAUUUCUCGAGCUAAUCCUUCUCGAACUUCCGGUCUUCAACAUAUUCCAAGCUCAGCGAGUCUCCAAGCAGUGGAAUACCGUCAUCUGCAACUCCUCACCGUUGCAACAGGCCAUGUGGCUCGCCCCUCUUGUUCCGGCUUCUCUGCGCAACAAGGAACAUCCAAACCUUUUCGACAAUUUUUAUGAUGAAGUCUAUGACCUAGCCUAUGACUGCAAGGAUCCUCAGUUCACUCUUUACCUCCUAGAAGAAAAGCACAUGACGUGGAAGGAGAUGCGGGUGUGCAAUCCAUCAUGCACGCGCCUUACGGUGCGUGGCCAGUUUUGGGAACUUGGUGUUCUGGACAACGAAACCGGCGUCCGGAUGGGGGAUGUGAUGAGGUUAAUUGGUACAAACUGGAUUUGGGAACGUGAUAUAUACGGUGUUGGCCACUAG